AUGGAAGCUAUGUGUUACAUCAUUGAGGAGACUCUUAAUAAGAAACCAGGCUCAUCUGUUUAUCUAGUCAACAACAAAGACGACAAGGAUGAAAAGUUUAUAGUGAAGAAAUAUAAUAAGGAUUUGCUUACUAAAGAAGAAACUGAACGGUUACAAAAAGAGAUGAAGAUUCUAGUGAAGCUAAAAUGCAGCAAUAUUAUCCGCUACUACCAAUACAAACAAUCACCUGGCCAUGUUUCAGUUCUCAUGGAAUAUGCAAAUAACGGAACUUUAGAAGAUUUUCUUGAAAACAGAAGAGAAAACAAUGUGAGAAUGAAAACUGAUAACAUAAUAGAUAUUUUUACGCAGCUGUGCAUUGGUAUGAAAUACCUUCAUGACAGAAAAAUAGUCCACAGAAAUUUGAUUCCAUCAGUAAUCUUUUUGACCAGCCAAAAUAUUGUCAAAAUAGGUGGUCUGGAAUCUUUCAAGCCACUUGAAAAUACAGAUUCUUUGAUAUCAUCAUUGAUUUUACCAGAAGAAGAUAAUUUAGAUUAUAUUGCUCCGGAAAUCCAGAGGGGAGAAAAAUACACAGCUAAAAGCGAUAUAUGGUCAUUGGGAUGCUUGUUAUAUGAGAUGUGCAGCUUGAAAAAAGUUAAUUUGUUAAAUUGCGACUUGACUAGAGCACCAAAGAUAGGAUCAUCUUUUCCUAAGGAACUUUCUGAUUUAGUUGAGGCAAUGGUCAACUCAAAUCCAGAAAAAAGACCUUCAAUCAAUGAAAUCUUGAAUAAAGAUAUUAUCAGAUUGAAAGUUGAGCAGAUUCUAGGUUCAACUCUUGCAGAAUAUGAAUUUCAACAUUCCGUGUUCCAUGGUAUGCAAGCAGGUGAUGGGAAGAAUACCCAACAAAAUCUUCUUGAGAGAUCAGAUUCAAUUCCUAUAAAGAACAGAAAAGGAGAUGAAAUUGUCCUUGCAGGAAAAAGUCUUCGCUGCUCAAAAGCCCAUGAUGGGAAAGAAUUUUCGUAUAUUUCGCAAUUCAUUAAAAACGUUCAUGGCGAAGAGAAAUAUUUGUUUCUGCUUGAAACAGCAAGAAAAAUAUCAACAGGAGCGAUGAUAGACUUUGAUUCGAAUAAUUUGAAUUAUUCUGAAAAAUGUACCUUAGAUCUCUUAUUACAAACUCUUCAAUAG